UGCAUGAGUGAGAAGCUCAGGAAGAUGGUGAAAGUUCGCGUGUUAUAGCAUAUUAUGUUGCGUCAAACGCGCUGCGGGGGCGCGCCUGAAGGCGAGGUCUUGGAACACGCUCCCGAAAUGUAGUUCAUUGAAAAGAUCAAAACUCAAGGACAAAACCUGAAAUGGCUACGUCUGUACUCCUGGUUUCCGCGAUUCUCCUCACACUUCUGAUCGUGUGGAUAUGCGGCCACUCACGGAAAAGGCGGUCAGGAGAGCCUCCGCUGGUCCCCGGCUGGCCCUUCAUUGGAGUCACUCUGGAUUACGUCUCAAACCCGUUACGCUUCUUAAGAGACACUCAGAAGAAACAUGGGGAUGUUUUCACAUGUGCGAUUGCUGGGAAGUACUUCACUUUUGUCACAGACCCUUUUUCUUUCUCCGCUGUGGUCCGGCAAAGCAAACAUCUUGACUUUCAUAAGUUUUCUCUUAGUUUUUCGCGUCGGGUCUUUGGUCAUGCAGACUUCAACCAUCCGCUGUUCAGUGAGAGUUAUAGGGAAGUUCACGGGAUUUUCCGUCAGACGCUUCAGGGCCCUCCUCUGCAGCAGCUCGCCGAGACCAUGCUGUGCAAUCUGCAGACGGUUCUGGAACGAGGUCUGCCGUGCGAACACGACUGGCUUGAAGAAGGGCUUCAGAGCUUCACAAACCGCAUCAUGUUCGAGGCAGGGUUCCUCACUCUUUUCGGGAAGGACGCAGGGUUUCUUCAGUCCGGUGGCAUGACAGGCAGCAGAAUAUGCAUGCAGAAAGCGGAGCAAGAUUUUCUGGUGUUUGAUCGUGCGUUCCCUCUGCUGGCUGCGGGGCUUCCCAUCAGUCUGAUUGCGCAAGCGUGGCGAGCGAGAGAAGCUUUAGCAGAGGAACUGCUGCAUGAUGAGCUUCAUCAGCGGAAAUGCAUCUCAGAUCUGAUUCUGCGCAGAAUGGACGCUUUUGAUCGCAUGCAUUUGGAUGAAACUGGAAAAGCACGAACACAUGUGUGCAUGCUGUGGGCGUCACAAGCGAAUACUCUGCCAGCUGCCUUCUGGAGCCUGUACUACACACUCAGAUCUGUUGAGGCUUUGACCGCCGCGCGCACAGAGAUCGACAGCGUUCUGUCAGACCAGUUAUUAAACAACCAGGACCAAAGAAUCCACCUUUCCAGAGAGCAGCUGGACUCUAUGGCUGUGUUAGAAAGUAUUAUCCAGGAAGCUCUUCGCCUGUCGAGUGCCUCCAUGAUGAUCCGUGUUGCCAGCGAUGACUUUACUCUGACGCUGGAUUCCGGUCAGACAGCUGCUGUUAGAAAAGGAGAUUACGUUGCUCUUUAUCCUCAGCUCAUACACCUGGAUCCUGAAAUCUACCCCGAUCCCACAGAGUUCAAAUAUGACCGCUUCCUGGAUGAGAGAGGUCAACGUAAGAGUCAUUUCUUCAAAAGCGGCCGACGACUGAAGCAUUUCUUGAUGCCGUUUGGUUCUGGUGUCAGCGAGUGCCCCGGACGGUUUUUUGCAGUGCACGAGAUCAAACAGUUCCUCGCGUUAACACUGUGGCGUUACGAUCUACAGCUCUGUGACGCUGACGUCACGCUGGAUCCAGACAACGGCCGCGCGGGCCUGGGAGUUCUGCCACCCUCACGGGACGUCCUCCUCAGAUACAGAAGAAGAACAAACUCCACCACUGACAGUGAAAGCGUACGAUGCAAGAAGGAAUAUGAGGAUCUUAGCCUGUGAAAUGGAUAUAUUUCAUAUAUAUAUAUAUGUGUGUGUGUGUGUGUUAAAUUAUGAUUCUAUUUGUUAUUAUAGACUUUGUAUGUUUGACUCAAAGACUUUCUUUUCAAUGCAAAAAUAUUUUUAUGAUAUCAAUAAAAAUGUAGCAUUUUGCACAAA